AGCUGUCACGAUGGCGUCGCUGGCCCCGCCCGGCGGGGAGGGCCGAGAGGCAGGGGAGGGGUUGGUGGUGGCUGCGGGUAAGGGGAAGGCGGGGGGGCUGGGGGGGGGGUCUGGGUCUAUUUUUAGCUCCGGGUCGGGUCACGUGACGGGAGUGACGUCUCCGAAUGUUGUUGUUGGUGGCGGCGGCGAGCGGAGCCGGAGGAGCCGCCGCAAAGAUGGAGGAGUCGUCGAGGAGGUGCUGCCGCCGCUGCCGCCGCCGCUGCUGCCGCCGCCGCCCGCGAAGCCGGAGCUCGAGCCGCAGCGGCAGAUGGGAUGUCAGGCCGGGAACCAUCCUUGGAAAUCCUGCCGCGGACUUCUCUGCACAGCAUCCCUGUGACAGUGGAGGUGAAGCCGGUGCUGCCAAGAGCCAUGCCCAGUUCCAUGGGGGGUGGGGGUGGAGGCAGCCCCAGCCCUGUGGAGCUACGGGGGGCUCUGGUGGGCUCUGUGGACCCCACACUGCGGGAGCAGCAACUGCAGCAGGAGCUCCUGGCGCUCAAGCAGCAGCAGCAGCUGCAGAAGCAGCUCCUGUUCGCUGAGUUCCAGAAACAGCAUGACCACCUGACAAGGCAGCAUGAGGUCCAGUUGCAGAAGCACCUCAAGCAGCAGCAGGAGAUGCUGGCAGCCAAGCAGCAGCAGGAGAUGCUGGCAGCCAAGCGGCAACAGGAGCUGGAGCAGCAGCGGCAGCGGGAGCAGCAGCGGCAGGAAGAGCUGGAGAAGCAGCGGCUGGAGCAGCAGCUGCUCAUCCUGCGGAACAAGGAGAAGAGCAAAGAGAGUGCCAUUGCCAGCACCGAGGUAAAGCUGAGGCUCCAGGAAUUCCUCUUGUCGAAGUCAAAGGAGCCCACACCAGGCGGCCUCAACCAUUCCCUCCCACAGCACCCCAAAUGCUGGGGAGCCCACCAUGCUUCUUUGGACCAGAGUUCCCCUCCCCAGAGCGGCCCCCCUGGGACGCCUCCCUCCUACAAACUGCCUUUGCCUGGGCCCUACGACAGUCGAGACGACUUCCCCCUCCGCAAAACAGCCUCCGAACCCAACCUGAAAGUGCGUUCAAGGCUAAAACAGAAGGUGGCCGAGCGGAGAAGCAGUCCCCUUCUGCGUCGCAAGGAUGGGACUGUUAUUAGCACCUUUAAGAAGAGAGCUGUUGAGAUCACAGGUGCCGGGCCUGGGGCGUCGUCCGUGUGUAACAGCGCACCCGGCUCCGGCCCCAGCUCUCCCAACAGCUCCCACAGCACCAUCGCUGAGAAUGGCUUUACUGGCUCAGUCCCCAACAUCCCCACUGAGAUGCUCCCUCAGCACCGAGCCCUCCCUCUGGACAGCUCCCCCAACCAGUUCAGCCUCUACACGUCUCCUUCUCUGCCCAACAUCUCCCUAGGGCUGCAGGCCACGGUCACUGUCACCAACUCACACCUCACUGCCUCCCCGAAGCUGUCGACACAGCAGGAGGCCGAGAGGCAGGCCCUCCAGUCCCUGCGGCAGGGUGGCACACUGACCGGCAAGUUCAUGAGCACAUCCUCUAUUCCUGGCUGCCUGCUGGGCGUGGCACUGGAGGGCGACGGGAGCCCCCACGGGCAUGCCUCCCUGCUGCAGCAUGUGCUGUUGCUGGAGCAGGCCCGGCAGCAGAGCACCCUCAUUGCUGUGCCACUCCACGGGCAGUCCCCACUAGUGACGGGUGAACGUGUGGCCACCAGCAUGCGGACGGUAGGCAAGCUCCCGCGGCAUCGGCCCCUGAGCCGCACUCAGUCCUCACCGCUGCCGCAGAGUCCCCAGGCCCUGCAGCAGCUGGUCAUGCAACAACAGCACCAGCAGUUCCUGGAGAAGCAGAAGCAGCAGCAGCUACAGCUGGGCAAGAUCCUCACCAAGACAGGGGAGCUGCCCAGGCAGCCCACCACCCACCCUGAGGAGACAGAGGAGGAGCUGACGGAGCAGCAGGAGGCCUUGCUGGGGGAGGGAGCCCUGACCAUGCCCCGGGAGGGCUCCACAGAGAGUGAGAGCACACAGGAAGACCUGGAGGAGGAGGACGAGGAAGAGGAUGGGGAGGAGGAGGAGGAUUGCAUCCAGGUUAAGGACGAGGAGGGCGAGAGUGGUGCUGAGGAGGGGCCCGACUUGGAGGAGCCUGGUGCUGGUUACAAAAAACUGUUCUCAGAUGCCCAGCCGCUGCAGCCUUUGCAGGUGUACCAGGCGCCCCUCAGCCUGGCCACUGUGCCCCACCAGGCCCUGGGCCGUACCCAGUCCUCCCCUGCUGCCCCUGGGGGCAUGAAGAGCCCCCCAGACCAGCCCGUCAAGCACCUCUUCACCACAGGUGUGGUCUACGACACGUUCAUGCUAAAGCACCAGUGCAUGUGCGGGAACACACACGUGCACCCUGAGCAUGCUGGCCGGAUCCAGAGCAUCUGGUCCCGGCUGCAGGAGACAGGCCUGCUUAGCAAGUGCGAGCGGAUCCGAGGUCGCAAAGCCACGCUAGAUGAGAUCCAGACAGUGCACUCUGAAUACCACACCCUGCUCUAUGGGACCAGCCCCCUCAACCGGCAGAAGCUAGACAGCAAGAAGUUGCUCGGCCCCAUCAGCCAGAAGAUGUAUGCUGUGCUGCCUUGUGGGGGCAUCGGGGUGGACAGUGACACCGUGUGGAAUGAGAUGCACUCGUCCAGUGCUGUGCGCAUGGCAGUGGGCUGCCUGCUGGAGCUGGCCUUCAAGGUGGCUGCAGGAGAGCUCAAGAAUGGAUUUGCCAUCAUCCGGCCCCCAGGACACCACGCCGAGGAAUCCACAGCCAUGGGAUUCUGCUUCUUCAACUCUGUAGCCAUCACCGCAAAACUCCUACAGCAGAAGUUGAACGUGGGCAAGGUCCUCAUCGUGGACUGGGACAUUCACCAUGGCAAUGGCACCCAGCAGGCGUUCUACAACGACCCCUCUGUGCUCUACAUCUCUCUGCAUCGCUAUGACAAUGGGAACUUCUUUCCAGGCUCUGGGGCUCCUGAAGAGGUUGGUGGAGGACCAGGCGUGGGGUACAAUGUGAACGUGGCAUGGACAGGAGGUGUGGACCCCCCCAUUGGAGACGUGGAGUACCUUACAGCCUUCAGGACAGUGGUGAUGCCCAUUGCCCACGAGUUCUCACCCGAUGUGGUCCUAGUCUCCGCCGGGUUUGAUGCUGUUGAAGGACAUCUGUCUCCUCUGGGUGGCUACUCUGUCACCGCCAGAUGUUUUGGCCACUUGACCAGGCAGCUGAUGACCCUGGCAGGGGGCCGGGUGGUGCUGGCCCUGGAGGGAGGCCAUGACUUGACCGCCAUCUGUGAUGCCUCUGAGGCUUGUGUCUCGGCUCUGCUCAGUGUAGAGCUGCAGCCCUUGGAUGAGGCAGUCUUGCAGCAAAAGCCCAACAUCAACGCAGUGGCCACGCUAGAGAAAGUCAUCGAGAUCCAGAGCAAACACUGGAGCUGUGUGCAGAAGUUCGCCGCUGGUCUGGGCCGGUCCCUGCGAGAGGCCCAAGCAGGUGAGACCGAGGAGGCCGAGACUGUGAGCGCCAUGGCCUUGCUGUCGGUAGGGGCCGAGCAGGCCCAGGCUGCGGCAGCCCGGGAGCACAGCCCCAGGCCGGCAGAGGAGCCCAUGGAGCAGGAGCCUGCCCUGUGACGCCCCGGCCCCCAUCCCUCUGGGCUUCACUAUUGUGAUUUUGUUUAUUUUUUCUAUUAAAAACAAAAAGUCACACAUUCAA